AUGGGCGGACGUGGAGAGUCAGAAGGGAUUCUGCAGACAAGUAAGGUAUUGUACCAGCUUACGUUCACCAUCUUGAAAGUCUUCAAGAAAGAAUCCGAAUGGAAGGAAUUGUUCCUCUCUGAAAUUCAGCGCCUUACGGCACUUUCGGCCGAACAUCAGAAAGAGUUAAAUGAAAAGUGCGAUCAACUUGAGCAACUAAAGAAGGCGUUCACACACAAUCUCAAUGCCAUGAAAGAACGCGAUUCCGCGAUUCAUCUUCUGAAAUCACAAAUUUCGGACUUGAGGAAAUGGUUAAGGUCAGAACUUACCAACCGCAUGAUCCGUUGUUCGAACCCAACCUCGGUAUCUCCACUGCUCCUGCCAAGGCCUGGGCAACAUGGAAGCAUCUCAGCCUUCGUGCUUCCUUCUGGUGGCAUGGCAACUUUGUACGAAAAAGAUAUUCUUCUAACUGAAAUGAAAUCAUCCGUAGACCAAUAUCAGUCCCAGCUUGACUUGGCUACAUCGACGGAAAAGCAGUUGCGUUCUGAACUGGAGGCCUGUAGAAAAAACAAUACUAGUCGUGAAUUGGAACUGCGUCAACAACAUGCGGACAGUUUGCAUGCAGUCAGGCAGAUUCAACUGGAAGAAAAAGCUCAGCUGCAGGCAACGAUAGCACGCUUGCAAGUUGAGAUAGAGGCAGAGCAGCUACGUUCGGUCACGGAACUGGAAGCAACAGUUGAGAAGGUGUGUAGCGAAGCUGAGAAGGCUGCAGCGAACGCUGGACAAAAGCAACUGGGCCUCGAACUACAACUCAAUAUGCUUGAAGAGAUGAAGAAGCGUGCAGUGUGCGCCAAAGAAGAGGCUAUGAGGCAGGUCGAUACAAAAAAGGCGGAAAUAAAUGACCUUCAAAUACAAUUGGCACGCACCCAAAAGGACAAUCAGUCACUGACCAUGAAAAUCCGCGAACUGGAAUCAAAGUAUGCUGCCAGCAAGGAGAUUGUUGCUACAAUGGAAGCUUCGCACAGACAAGAACAAAACAAAUGGAAAUCUGGAGCGGAUAUCACCUCGUGUAAAAACGAAUUGGACUCUGUCCUUCAGAGAAACGAGGAAACUAGGAUUGCCUUUGAAGCUGAGAAACGUGAGCUUUUGGAAGCGCUUUCAAGAGCCAGGGAAGAGACUCGAGUGGCUUUAGAGUCCCUCAAGGAAGCGGACGCAAGCCGGAAAAUGAUGGAUAAAAACGCUCGCAUUGCCCGAACUGAAGCCGAACGUCUGCGCAAGGAUCUUGAACAAGCGUUGACAACAGCUGUAAGUGGGAAAUCUCCAACCGUUAGCUGUAAACAUGAAUAUCUGAUCGAACAACUUAAUCGAUUACAAAACCAUUGUGAGCAACUAGAACAAGAAAAUGACCGCCUUCGUAAAUCUGUCAAUAUGAUGAGCGAAGAAGCCAGUCAGGUAGUUCAACAACAAACGAAGCAAGUUCCGCUUGGAUCUUCGUCAGACAGUCAUGCUGACAUUAAGGUGUACCAAAAAAAGUUGCAUGUCGCUGUCAACAUUAUCCGUCAGUUGGCACGAGAAAAACAAGCACUGACAGAACUCAGCAACCGUCUGCAUGCACAAGUUCGACAGCUCGAGAAUGCAGAACAUGCAUUUGAUGGAGAGAAAGGUGAAAGGUUAAUGGAAGAAACAAAUCCGCCUCAUAGUACUCGUGAAGCCAGUAGUAUCGUGCCGGACAUUUGUGUUGGCGAUUAUGACGAUGCCAUAUCCUCCAUUAUAGGAAAAGAGUCGGUCUCCGCUAUUUUUCACUUGCUGGAUGAAAAUGCAUCCCAACUGAGCGAUCCCCGUAAUCCGUCUUCUUAUCCUGGACCCCCUAAUCUUGUGGUCUGUGGUGGUCAAAAGCCGCUACGGUUUCGUGGCCCCAGAACAGUGAAUACUCCUAAACCCAGGUGA